CAACAGCAGCUGCAAAACUUCCUUUCCUGGUUUCCCAAUUCUACCCUCAACGGACACUUAGCCGGAGGAAGAACAGAAGCAAAUGAAACCCGCUGCUUAACUUCUCUCUCAACGUUGAUGGCGGUGAAGCUUGUUCUUCUUCUGGUCUUCUUGUCCGCAGUUGGCUCUGGAGGGGUGUCAAUCUCGAGGCACAUCAAGCGGCUGAACAAGCCUGCAGUGAAGAGCAUCAAGAGUCCUGAUGGGGAUGUUAUAGACUGUGUUCAUAUUUCUCUUCAACCUGCUUUUGAUCAUCCUUUUCUCAAGGACCACACCAUCCAGAUGAUACCUAGUUUUCACCCAGAUGGUUUGUAUGAUGUGAACAAGGUCAGUUCUGAGUCUAUUUCACAACUAUGGCACGCUAAUGGGAGAUGUCCUGAAAACACUGUACCAAUCAGAAGGACAAAGAGAGAGGAUGUUCUUAGAGCAAGCUCAGUGAAAAGGUUUGGGAGGAAGAAGCAGCUGAACCUCAAACAUCCAAUGUCUGCUGAGCCUGAUCUUGUAAACCAGAGUGGCCACCAGCAUGCAAUUGCUUAUGUGGAAGGGGGUAAAUAUUAUGGGACAAAGGCAACCAUCAAUGUCUGGAAUCCACAGAUUCAGCAACACAAUGAGUUUAGUUUGUCCCAGCUGUGGAUAUUGGGAGGCACAUUUGGGCAAGAUCUUAACAGCAUUGAAGCUGGUUGGCAGGUCAGUCCAGAUCUUUAUGGAGAUAACAAUACCAGACUGUUUACCUACUGGACUAGUGAUGCUUAUCAGGCAACAGGGUGCUACAACUUGUUCUGCUCCGGGUUUAUUCAAAUUAGCAGUGAGAUUGCAAUGGGGGCCAGUAUCUCCCCCAUCUCCAACAGUGGGGGCUCCCAAUAUGAUAUCAGCCUGCUUGUAUGGAAGGAUCCAAAGGAAGGGCAUUGGUGGUUACAAUUUGGAGAUAAGUAUGUACUAGGAUAUUGGCCCUCAUUCUUGUUCUCAUACUUAGCUGAUAGUGCAUCCAUGAUAGAAUGGGGAGGAGAGGUUGUGAAUUCUGAUGCAGGAGGGCAACACACAACCACACAAAUGGGAAGUGGUCUUUUUCCUGAAGAUGGGUUUGGCAAGGCAAGCUAUUUCAGAAACAUUCAAGUGGUGGAUGAGUCCAAUAAUUUGAAACCUCCCAAAGGGAUGGGCACUUUCACCGAACAAUCCAACUGCUAUGAUGUGCAGAUUGGCAUUAGUGGUGAUUGGGGCCAUUACUUUUACUAUGGAGGUCCUGGCAGAAACCCUAAUUGUCCAUAGUUUUUAAGUAAACCCUUAACCCUAAACCUUAAUUGCUAUCUUAAAGUCUAUUGUACAACCCCGAGAGAGAGAGAGAGAGAGAGAGAGAGAGAGAGAGAGAGAGAGAGAGA